AUGAACAGCCAGCUUGAAUUUACUGUUAGAACCUCAUUCACCGCGAUUCAUUCCAUUCCUUUGGUUACAGUACCACGAGCUGUGUUGAAAGAACAAUAUCAAGGCGACGUGGAAAUGGACGAGGUGGAUUUGAUGCAUCAAUUUGAGGAGGGAUUCGACAGGGCGGACUUCAGGGCCGAGUUCAGUCCUAGUCCGAACCUCGAAGGGCCACAAUCUCAGCCUAGGGACAACAUCUCCCGGAAUUUCCCUACGGUCAGCUCAUCCCCGCCCCGAGCCAGAACUAACAACGACGUGGACACACGAACGAACAAGUUUAAGUCGGUUGGUAUAGGAGCGAAAGAGUCGCCCCUAACACCUACAGUUAUGCAAGGGAUGAUUAUGUUCGACAACAAUGUGGCUGAUGUUUCUACCAGCAGUACGAUGUCACCGAUUAAUUGCACCACGGUAGUCUACGCCUUUCCGGAAGAGGAUCGUGUCGUUGUCGGAUAUAUCAAUGAAUGGAUCAAUGCCUAUUCGUUUAUAUCGAAAAAUCAAGAGAAGUUCUACCUCUACAUCAUAGUGUCGGUCACAGCCGGUAUUUUAAUUUUCCUGGGCUUGGUAAUUGGACGACUUCUUGUCAGUCGUCACCGUGCAAAAAGAGAUGCGAAAUUCCAUGCAAAUAACGAAGCGCUUCCAAAUGGAUUCACUGAUGACAUUUCGGAGAUCGACGCGGAUAUUGAUCUUACCACGCCGGUACCAGUCCCAAUGCAAGACACAAGGAUUCCAGAGACUCAGCUAGCCGAGAGGCUCCAUGGCGAUCGUUACUACGCGGAAACCAGGAUACCAAUGUCGCCCACCACGAUGCACCCAGCGCCAGGACACUACCCUGGCAACACAGGUGUCAGGGUGGAUCUAGGUAACCAUAUGGUGGGCACAGAUAGCCUCCAUACGAUUCUGCGUCCAGAAAAUCCACGAAGCAUGAGCACGAAAAGCUAUUACUACGGCUGACAGGAGGAAGGGGGUGUCCCGCGCGAGGGACGGCCCCCGUCCUUGAGCCCGGUACCAGAAGUGAGCACGCGGAAGUACUGCUUUUAAUCGAGAGACCGAUUUUCUAUGGAACAGCGAACGAAGCCGCUGUAAAAAGCAGGCGUUCCAUACUAACGAACGCUAACUCGUCGUCGAUUGGAAUCGUUGUUUCUUCGAGCGAAAAUCAAGGAGGCCUUCGUCUUGGUACCGGAAACGAGCACGUGGUGGCACAUUUCUUUCUUCUCCAAUAUUGAACUUUCAAAAGAAACCGGGAAAUUUGAUGAAAAAUUCGAUUUCCACGAGAGAGAAAUCAGAAGAGAAUAGAAUCGUACCACAGUUUCCUUGAAGAUUAUUUCAAUUGGUGUUUUCAAGGAAUAUUUAUGGUUCGUGCGCUUUUAAUACCGGAAUUGACGGUAUUUGAUUCGUGCAGAUCAACCUCAUGAAACAGAUGGAAAUUUAGUUGGAUGCUGAGCGUUGGGAGUGGACAAACUUGUUAUCUUUCGCCGUGGAAUUGUUCUACGCGUGCCGCUGCCCGACACCGGAAGCGAACGAGAGCUUGGCCACUGAGGUGGGAACUUUAACGAGAGCGUUGUAAAUACGACGUCGGUGUACUGAGAGUUUCACCUAUUUCUAUGGAAAUUCUAAUGAGAAGCUCUGUUAGAAAUAAAAAUUCAUUUGAGUGAAGAUUCCUUCAGACACCGAUCGAGGACAGGGAUAUUAAAAAAAGAAAACCCUUAUUGUUUGUUGAAGAUGAUGUUAUUGAAAAUAGUACUGUUUUUGAUAAGAAACUGCGAUUAUAAAAGGCUGGAUUAUCGAUUAGGAGGUAUAAGUAAAUACGUUGAAUAUAAAUGACGGAAAUAGAUCGUUUUUACGCGGGCAGCAUCCGUUUUUGCGAUCGAUAUCGGAAGUGAAUAUCUGCAAUGUCGUCGUGUAAGAUGAUUAUGAUUGUAAGUAGAUUUUGAUAUCGGAAUUGAGUAAAAAGAAUUGUGUGAAGUGGGGGAAAAGGAAGAAAGUAACAAUCGAUACCGGAAAAAGAUUUAUUCUGGUCUAUAGUUUAGAACUCAACCCAGACAGCACAGAGAAGCUUUAUGGAUGUUUUAAAGAAAUCUAAUAAUGUCAUUUUCAAAUAUCUCAAAGAUAUCCUUUAGCGCCUUAAAGAGAUUAUCAUCUUAUACUAAACUUUUCAAGAUACUGACAUAUUUAUUUAUUUUAUCUUAGUGAGAAGAAUAAUUAUAUUAAUAAUACUUAUAUUACAAUAAUAGCUAUUUGUAUAGACAUCUUUAAGUCGAAAAAUUUGGACAAACUUAUACUUCGUGUGCUGUGUGGGAAUAAUUAUUUAAUUUGCGAUUGAAUUCUGAUAUGUUUCAGUUUUCUACAUGAGAAAGCUCGAUAAUGAAAAAGAAAAUAAAUAUAUAUAUAAAUUGCAAUUAUAAUUUAACGGCACAAAGAAUUUUUUUAUCAUUUCUUCUAUUUUUAAAGCCAAUAAUUAGAAUUCUAUAUCAUACAAAUUUUCUGCAUGAAUUAUUUCCAUUAGUAGAUCAAGAUUGAAAUAUUUUAGUAAGAAUUUCAUGAAAAUGAAAAAGGAGUAUCACUGCCUAUGGAAUAGUAAUAACAAUAAUAAUAAAUCUGCAAAAAAGGCGGAUCAGUAUCCUAUGUGUACGUACAAUAAUUUGUUAUUCAAGAAUCAAGUUUUUCUAACGAAAAUCACGCACACACUUCUUUAAAAGAAAAAACAAUACAUAUCUGCGCCAUCUCUAUACAGCAAUAAACAAUCGCAACUUUUUCCAUUCGAAAGAUCAUUUCUCCUUGUCGAAAGAUCGAGAAGACUGUCUGAAAAAUAUAUAUCACUGCCUAGUCGAUGAGAAAAUGAAAUACGGGUCCUUUCUUGUUAACCAGAUUUUCUUAGAUUUUUCUCAAACCGGACUAUGCUACCGACAUUGUCACACUUAAAGAUGAUUCAUGUGAUAGGGACAAAUGUUGAUAGCGUAAUGUUCUUGAUAAUAAUUUUUCUAGUACGAACUUGUAGCAUAUUUCUCUUGUUGGAAAGAAAGAAUAAAAGGAUACAAAAUUAUGUGUGGCUCAAAAUAUAAAUUUAUAUGUUAGUAUUUUCUUACGAAUUCGUCUAUAAAUUUUAUGAAUAAUUAGAAGGUGCUUUAAAUCUAACAUGAACUUUACAAAUAUGGCUUAUGAAUUUUUACUAUGGACACAUUAUUAUGUUUUAGCAGAUUAUAUUUAGAAAUAACUUCAAAAUUAUAAUUCUUUCUAAACAUUAAUGAAAAUUUUAUAAUUAAGUAUUUGAGCGACGCAUAACAUCAUCGUCAUCUACAAUGAAGACAUUUACAUUAUUAGUCGGUAGUAUUAUUUAGAUUUCUUUCGAUUAAAGCUCAGUGCACCGGAACGAACAGUCAGCGAUCAGAGGAUCAAUAUUGUAAUCGAUGGACGAACGAACACAACACGAUCGAACGACACGAAUCGACGAUCGAUCGAUCUUCCUAGAAUAACAUCAAUCUCUAAUUAGUACCGUAAGAAAAAUAAAAAAUGAACCAAAAAAGUAAAUUAAAAAAAGGAAGGGAAAGAAAACAAAAACUAUGUGGAUCGAACGCUUAAUUUCUAUCUAAACUGAUUGAAAUCGGGAUUCAUUAUGAUCGAUGGUUAACCGUGUAUUUCUAAGAAAACAGGAAAUCGAUCGAUCUCAACGAAGUUACAGCGGUUUUGUAUCUCGAAUACACGCAACAAAAAAAAAAAAAAGGAAAAAAACAAAUAAAAUGAAACGCACCGCGAAACGACUUUUAUAGAGAAACGAUCUGUAUGUAUAUCACGCUGUAAAUAGAAACAAUGUAAUUUACGGUAAUUGUUAAGAAAUUCAAGCAAAGAGAGAGGGAAAGAAAGAAUGUGUGUUGUAUGAAAGAGAAUAUUGUACCUAGAUCGAAAGUGUAAUGUAAUCGGAGGUUUCGUAGUUAACAACUUACUCUCUGUGCCAUUGUAUCGAUUUUACGAAGGAACGAAAGCUUUUAGUUGUAUUUUUAAUUAAUCGAAAAUAGGUCCUUCAACUGGAAUUUUGUAUAGUUCGAAGGAAUUAACUUUAUUAAGUGAGGAUUCACAGUGCCAUUCGUUCUCGCAUAUGAUAUUAGGUUCUUUUUAUUUAGAUGUAAACCGACGUUUAUUUUAAGAUGAUAGUAUAAGUAAUAAUUAUUCAUUUGUACAUUAAUUCUUACGCUGUAUGUUUGUACACUCAUCGGGGCGCUAUCGCAAAUAACGAGGAUGGAGUAUAUUUAAUAUUUAAGAAUUAUAAGGUUAACAUUCUAGUAAUUGAAUAGCUCAUUGAAGUUGCAUAACGAGAAUAGCACGAGAAACAGAAAUUUCUUAUAUACUUGUAUACUUGUAUACUUGUAUACUUGUAUAUUUAUAUUUUUGUAUACUUGUAUUUAAGAAGAAAAAUGUAGAUUAUAUAAAAUCACAUUUUACUCCAAAAAAAGAGAUUUUAGGUUCUCACAUUGGUUUCUUUAUUUCUUACAUUCAUGUUAGGUUUUUCACGUCUUAAAAUUAUAUAUGAACUUUUAUGCUUUAGUAUUCUGUAUAAUUGCAUACAUUUUGAAAUAUUCUUUCCGAUUAAAAUUCAUAUUAAAUUUCAUUAAUUUUCUUUUAUUCGACCAAGACAUUCGUAUUAAAAGUAUAAGAGGUGAAAAUGAAGCAUGAUACUCAUUGGCAAUAACGGAAUUAAAAUAAACACAUUUUAGUCUCAGAGUUCAAUACGCCAAUUUCAAUUCAAGCUUUAUUUCUAUCGUCGAAACAUAUUUCGAGAAAGAUGAUUCUCUCACGCGACUAAGCGGCCGACUAUAACAAUGUACCCCGUAACAAGAAUGGAACAGUUCACACAACUUUUUGUGCAACAAACGAUUUUACAACUGGUUGAAUCCAACAAUAGAUCAUGCAAUAAACAAUAAUCAAAUAUCUGUACCAAGCAAUUAAUUCUACAAAAUGGCUUACUUUUGCUGGCUUAAACUACCAUAACAUAC